UGUAGAUAACACAUGUCCUGGGUGAUCAGAGAGAGCAGAGUCCAGCGCGCUUGCCCACUGCUGUGUCAUCUUCCAGAUCUGACACUGCUUUUGUCAGUUCUGUGGUCAUGAGGACUCUUCUGCUAACUUCGGUUGUGCUGCUGCUCUUGUUUCAGGUGAUUCCAGGAAAACAUCCCAUCCUUCGAUGCAUGGGCAACACUGGUGUCUGUAGACCCUCUUGCAAAAAGAAUGAGCAGCCCUACUACUACUGCAGAAAUUAUCAACCAUGCUGCCUCCAGUCCUACAUGAGGAUAAGCAUCACUGGUGCAGAAGGAAAUAAUGAUUGGUCCUAUGGGAACCACUGGCCCAAGAUACCUUGAAUGCUGGCCGCAACAGUCCUCCACCUUUCUGGGAACGCAGAGCUGCUGUUUAUUCCCCUGAUUAAAAUUUAUGCACUUGC